AUGUCUGGUGACGUGCAACUGGAAAGAAACAUAACCCGGAGAGAGCACCAAAUUCUCCUGGACGUUGAUGAAUUCGCAACAAGAUACGAUCUGGGCCAUAUCCGUGAGCUACUAAAGAAGGCGGCUCUUAUUGCACAUAAUCCCAGUGACUUGGCGCGAACCGAAGGGUUGAACCAGGAGGAGAUUGCUAUUUUGAGUGGUAAAGAUGGCGAGUAUAGGCAUGGCAGAUGUACACCCUUUCAGUCGCAGAUCGUCAAUUCAAUGAUGUUGAUCUACUUGGCGGCAGCAGUUUAUGGGAUGGCUCAUUUCUCCGCGUGGACAUACAUCAGCCUUGACCAGUGGUACUCCGCUCCCAACACACUUGAGUCUGUGACAUUCAAUGCACCUCAUAUUGGUAGUGCCUUGGUUGGAUGCUGGUGCACAGUGCCCCUCAACCGAGCCGUUGGUCGCCGUGGAGCCAUCUUUACUGCCAUGGGUUUGAUAAUCCUCACAUCCAUCGCUGGUAGUUUGGAGUUAUGGCCUGUUGCGAACCUUAUCCAGCGCUUUUGCUUGGGUGUAUCAUUCGGGUUGCUAGAAUGCACUAUCCCAGUCUACUGCGUCGAGACAAGCCCCGACCACCAACGUGGCAGGGUGACAGGCGCUUGGCAAAUGGGAUCCCUCUUCGGCCAAGUUUUGGUAGUGACAUUGAUGCUCGUCGUCCCUGUCAGCUGGAUCUACCUAAGCAUCAGUAUAUGCGCAGGAGCUAUCUGCGUUGGCUGUUGGUUUGUCCCCGAGUCCCCACGAUGGCUGGUGUGCAAAGGACAAAUGCUCGCAGCCUUUGAUUCGUUGCGUUAUUUCCGGCCAACGGGACUUUUGGCAGCCCGCGACCUCUAUCUAUUUCACAUCCGGUCUGAAACGACAGGAGUGGCGCAAUCCCAAAGAGCCCCGCUCUUACACCUUUUCACAAACCCAAGAGCUAGCCGCGCAACUCUCGCCGCUGUAUCCGUCAUCGUUCCCCGAUCGUUGUCGGGCUACCACAUGGCGAUGGCAACUCAAAAUCUGAAAGGCACCGAUUACGACACCACUAUUGCAUGGCUCUUUGUGACACUUGGCUAUACGCUGGCGCUUUUUACUUCGAUGUUCACCGUAGUGCUGGCAGCCGAUCGCGCCAGUCGUCGAAAGUUGCUACUAUGGACAAUUCUGCCCAUGGCCUGUGUUAUGGGGUUUUAUCCCAUUGGAUGGGGUUUCGCGGCCCAACAGACUAUUGGCAUUGCCGCAAAAGCCAUAUUGAUUGUCAUGUAUAAUAUCGGCCAGGUACCUCUGUCUGUGUAUGUCGCGGAGUCGUUCCCCAUACAAUAUCGUGAUUAUGGAAUGGCAUUCACCAUCUCCAUGUACCAUGGCUCAUUUGCCGCGAUGAGAGUAGCCAUGCCCAAUCUAGUAUACUGGCCCCAUUUCAGAUAUACAUUCGCCGUUUGCAACCUAAUUGCAUUUAUCUUGGCCUUUUUCCUCAUGCGAGAAACGAAGAACUUGGCUUUAGAAGAAGUGCCAUUGGCAUUUGAAGCCCCAACACGGAAUCUCAUCCUCUACCGACUAUCGGUAGAAAUUCCCUAUUUUUUUCGUCGCCAUGUGCUUCGACAAAAUGUGCAAUUUUUACCCUUCGAGGAUUCGAAGUAUGGUGGCGGUGCGAUUGUCUUGGAUACUGAAUAGGUGGUAUUAUGGACCUUGGUAUCACUAGACACCAUCGCGUUCUCCAAGCGUCUAGAUAGCUUAUAUAUGUUGUUUCAUUAAAGGUAUAUACGGUUAGAAGUGAGUUCAAC